AUGACCAAAGCGAAAGACUGGAAUGCAAGCCAAUACCUCAAGUUCGAGAAUGAACGCACCCUACCAACGCGCAAUCUCCUCGACAGGGUGCCCCUAUCAUCACCGAAGAGGAUCAUCGACCUAGGCUGCGGCCCGGGAAACUCAACAUCAGUCCUGGCCACACGCUACCCAGACGCAAAGAUCACAGGCCUGGACUCUUCACCUGACAUGAUCAAAAAGGCGCAGACUGUCCUCCCAGAGCGGGACUUCCAUGUUGCAGAUCUGACAACGUACAAGCCGGAGGCAGGCGACGCUGUCGACCUCUUCUUUUCUAGCGCUGUGUUCCAUUGGCUGACAGCAGACGACCGGAUCGCAGUUAUCAGACGGCUGCUGGAGCCACAGGCUCCAGGAUCUGUCUUUGCUAUUCAGGUGCCGAAUAACCUGAGCGAGCCGGUGCAUGUGUUAAUGCGUGAGACGGCGGCGGAGGGGCCGUGGGCUGGGAAGUUGGCUGGGGUGCAGAGAAAUGAACUCGAGUCUAUACAGGUGAUGUAUGAUCGGCUGAAGCCGUUUUGUGGGGAGGUUCAUAUUUGGGAGACGAGUUAUUAUCAUUCGGUUGAAGGGCCUGAGGCUGUUGUGGAGUGGGUUAAGGGGGCCGGGUUGAAGCCGUUUGUGGAUCUGUUGGAGGGUGGCGAGAGGGAGGCGUUUUUGGAGGCAUAUUUGGAGAAGAUCAAGGGGGCAUAUCCUGUCUCUGUCGAUGGGAGGGUGUUGUUUAAAUUUCCGCGGUUGUUUAUGGUUGCUGUGAAAUGA